UGACAAACCACUGCCUGUUCACGCGAGAUUCGGCGAGACUAUAAGUUAAGGGAACAUGGCGUCGUCUAAUUUGCUAAAGAACAAAGGCUCCCUUCAGUUUGAGGACAAAUGGGACCUGAUGCGUCCCAUCGUGCUAAAGCUCUUACGGCAAGAGUCCGUCACCAAGCAGCAGUGGUUUGACCUUUUCUCAGAUGUCCAUGCGGUGUGCCUGUGGGAUGACAAAGGCCCCGCCAAGAUCCACCAGGCCCUUAAAGAGGACAUUCUGGAUUUCAUCAAACAAGCACAAGCACGGGUGUUGAGUCACCAAGAUGACACGGCACUGCUGAAGGCCUAUAUUGUAGAGUGGAGGAAGUUCUUCACACAGUGCGACAUCCUGCCCAAGCCUUUUUGCCAACUGGAGAUCACGCUGAUGGGAAAGCAGGGCAGCAACAAGAAGUCCAAUGUUGAGGACAGUAUCGUCCGCAAGCUGAUGCUGGACACGUGGAACGAGUCCAUCUUCUCCAACAUCAAGAACAGAUUACAAGACAGUGCAAUGAAGCUGGUCCAUGCUGAGCGGCUAGGGGAAGCCUUCGAUUCGCAGCUGGUCAUCGGAGUACGGGAGUCCUACGUAAACCUGUGCUCCAACCCCGAUGACAAGCUGCAGAUCUACAGAGACAACUUCGAAAAGGCCUACAUGGACUCGACCGAGCGCUUCUACAGAACUCAGGCGCCCGCCUAUCUGCAGCAGAACGGCGUCCAAAACUACAUGAAAUAUGCUGAUUCCAAGUUGAGGGAAGAGGAGAAACGUGCACUGCGAUACCUGGAGACGAGGCGCGACUGCAACUCUGUACAAGCACUGAUGGAGUGUUGCGUCAACGCGUUGGUGACGUCCUUCAAGGAGACCAUCUUAGCAGAGUGUCCGGGCAUGAUCAAAAGAAAUGAAACAGAUAAGUUGCAUCUGAUGUUCUCACUGAUGGACAAAGUGCCGAGCGGCAUCGAACCCAUGCUGAAGGACCUGGAGGAGCACAUCAUGAGCGCCGGCCUGGCUGACAUGGUGGCAUCCGCCGAGACCAUCACCUCCGACUCUGAGAAAUAUGUGGAGCAGCUGCUCACGCUGUUCAACCGCUUCAGUCGGCUGGUGAAGGAAGCGUUUCAGGAUGACCCGCGUUUCCUCACGGCGAGAGACAAAGCAUACAAAGCAGUCGUCAACGAUGCCACUAUAUUUAAAUUAGAACUUCCAUUGAAACAGAAAGGUGUGGGCUUGAAAACUCAACCCGAGUCCAAGUGUCCGGAGCUGCUGGCCAACUACUGCGACAUGCUGCUGAGGAAGACCCCGCUGAGCAAGAAGCUCACAUCGGAGGAGAUCGAGGCCAAGCUCAAGGAAGUGCUGUUGGUUCUUAAGUAUGUCCAGAACAAAGACGUGUUCAUGCGCUACCACAAAGCCCACCUGACCCGCCGCCUUAUCCUGGACAUCUCGGCGGACAGCGAGAUUGAGGAGAACAUGGUGGAGUGGCUCAGGGAGGUAGGAAUGCCGGCUGACUACGUCAACAAACUGGCCAGGAUGUUCCAGGACAUUAAAGUGUCAGAGGACCUCAACCAGUCUUUCAAGGAAUUGCAUAAACAUAACAAGCUGGCUUUGCCAGCUGACUCCGUCAACAUUAAGAUCCUGAACGCCGGAGCGUGGUCGAGGAGCAGUGAGAAGGUGUUUGUCUCGCUGCCCACGGAGCUGGAAGAUUUGAUUCCAGAAGUGGAGGACUUCUACAAAAAGAAUCACAGCGGACGCAAGCUUCACUGGCAUCACCUCAUGUCUAACGGCAUUAUCACCUUCAAGAACGAGGUGGGUCAGUACGACCUGGAGGUGACCACCUUCCAGCUGGCCGUGCUCUUCGCCUGGAACCAGAGGCCCCGGGAGAGGAUCAGCUUCGAAAACCUCAAGCUCGCCACGGAGCUGCCAGACGCCGAGCUAAGGCGUACUCUCUGGUCGCUGGUGGCGUUUCCCAAACUCAAGCGGCAGGUGUUGUCGUACGACCCGCUGGUAUCGUCACCCAAAGACUUCGCAGAGGGAACGCUAUUCUACGUCAAUCAAGAGUUUUCCCUCAUAAAAAAUUCCAAGGUUCAGAAGAGGGGGAAGAUCAACCUAAUUGGCCGGCUGCAGCUCACCACAGAGCGGAUGCGAGAGGAGGAGAACGAGGGCAUCGUCCAGCUCAGGAUACUAAGAACACAGGAGGCCAUAAUCCAGAUCAUGAAGAUGAGGAAGCGCAUCAACAACGCCCAGCUGCAGACAGAGCUGGUGGAGAUCUUAAAGAACAUGUUUUUACCACAGAAGAAGAUGAUCAAGGAGCAGAUCGAGUGGCUGAUCGAUCACAAGUACAUCAAGCGGGACGAGACCGAUAUAAACACCUUCAUCUACAUGGCAUAGCACAGCGUCGCGUGUGACGGUUUGGACUUAUUUUUUGGGGGUGGGUUUCGAUCAGGCCUGAUGGACACGAGAUUACUUCCAGGCCCCCUCCCCCAAUCCCCUUGUCCCCUAUUUAAGAAUACAUCCUGUGCAGGGAGGCAUGAAUUAAAGACUUGAGACCUAUUUAAAAACACUUCCUGCCUUAAAGUUGUACAAAGGAAAGAUAAAAAAAAAAAGAGUCUGCACCUAGUGGUUGUUACUGUUUUUAUUUGGGAUGUCAGAUGAGGGUGUAAUUCAUGUUUCUUGUUUUGGUUUUUCCGGAACGCUACGGCGUGCCGGCUAGUCUCAUGCUUGAUGCUUGUGGAAUUCUACUGACUGGCUUGAGGAUCCUGGAAAACGGUUUUUUUUUGUUUUUUGUUUUUUAGACAGUCUGAGCGAGGCGCCUGUGCUUUCUUGGCUGCGCCGCCCCCACCCGCUCCCGUUGUUUGUAUUGUUGUUGUGAGAGUAAGUAAUCACUAAUAAUCAGGACUUCCGAGAGUGCAGCCAGUGCCACGUGGCAGUACAGUAGGAUGGGUGUUCCCGGGGUCAGCAGGGGGGUCGGGCAGUCCUAACCCCGGGAGCUUAUUUGUAUUUGCGAAAACAAAACAAAAAUCACUAUUUUCUGCAGGAAGUCCCGGGAGGAGAGGCAGAGGUCAGUAUUAAGCUUGGUGAAAUUCAUACGAUUCAGAAGGCGUGUUGGAGACGUGUACCGUGAGAUGUGAAUAUUGAAAUAAAAACAGCACCUUAUCAUGAAAA